AUGUCUGACGAGCCUACGAUCCUUCGCCCGCGUCCGCGACGUGUGUUCGAUCUCACGCCUGAAGAACCCUCUACUCCAGUGGAACCCUCCAACCCAGACCUGCUCGCCGCUAAAGAUACCGGCUCUACCAGCGUCAGCCGCAAUGCUUCGAUCAUGAACUUGACCUCCUCGACGCUGUAUGGCAUUUACUCUCCUACUGCAUUUGACAGCUCUCGUGACGACUCGAGUCCCUGGGGGACGGAAGCCCAUACGCCUCAAACAGGAAGCCCGAGAAUCCAGCCUGAAGCUCCGGCUCCAGCUCCAGGCAAACUUCAGCGGACACGAUCACGGCUUAGCCACGGCCUGUUUCGGGGCGUCAUCCUUCCGCAGGCGCUGAAGAGCGCCUUCCUCUUGGGCUUUGGCGUUGUCUAUGGUGUCAUCACAAUUCACUUGCAUGAGAAUCAUUGGAUCACUCCGGUGAAGUUGGAGAAUACACACUACUACGGAUCAUGGCAGUAUCUUGCUUUCUGGGGUGUGGCCGGCGUCGUUUUGGGCAACAUUCUUCCUUGGUUCGAUCAGUUUUCGGAUGAAAUUAUUGGCAGCCCUAAGCAGGCAAAAGGGUCGAGCGACCCCGAGACUGCAGACCGUACUCUCUCGUGGGUUUCAGUGGUUCGCAGCGUUGGCGCGUUUGUGGGAAUUGCAUUUGCCAUGCGCCGACUACCCUGGGAAUCUACAACUCAAGCAUCACUGACCCUCGCGCUCGUGAACCCCGUACUAUGGUACCUCAUCGACCGCACACGGACCGGUUUCGUUUUGUCAACCGUUGUUGGAUUGGCCGAGACUUCGGCUUUUGCAGCAAGCAAAUUCGACGUCACCGGAUGGGGAUAUGGGCUGGCUGUUGAGAUGUCACAGGAAAGCAUAGCAGUAAGGACCUGGGUUGCCAGCGUCCUUUUCUGCGCAUGCGUCUGCUUUGGAAACAUUGGCCGGCAGCUUGCCAUUGGAGCCCAGCGCGAGUCGCUAAAGUGA